UAAUGUUUUGAACCUUUUUGCAAGACGUUUUUGUUAUUUAUCUGGGCAAUAAACCCUAAAGGAGAAAGGGAGUAGAAUCGUAGAAGGGACCUACUCAACCAUGGAUAUCACGAAAUCCUCUGGGCUCACAUUUGAUAUCAUUCUUGAUGAAAAUGUUACCAGACCUGAACCGAAAAGAAUGAUUUUGCUGAAAAACAAACGAAAGGAGCCGUUGACCGCAGAUGAAAUUGAAAAAAGGCAGAGAAAAGCAGAAGAGCGAAGACAAGCUAGAAUUGAAGCAAGGCUGAAAAGAAUGCAAGAACGAGAAGAAGCGACAAAAAGCCUUGCAUGCAAAGUUGAUAAAUUAUUACAACAACAGUUGUUAAGAGCUGGCCAGCAUCCAAAUUCUGACAAUGUCCCAAUCAUGUCGCAUCGAGAGGUCUUGAAAACUGCAUACGACGUUGUCAAGGGAUUUCAAAAGAUGCAGCAACAACUGAUCAACAUUGACCUUAAAGUUGAUAAACAAAAUCAGCAAACGUCUCAGAUGCCUGAACUGCAAAAGAGUUCAAAGGUGGAUCACAGUAUGCAUGAAGGAACAAUUAAGGAUCUCAAGGAAUCUCAAAUAUCUGUAUCAGAUAAUUCUACAGCAGAACAAAAGCCUAAAGGAGUUGUGUUUGAAAUCCCAUCUGAUGUGAAGGCUCCAAAGCGUCGUUCAAAGAAGCCGCCCAUAGCAAGGUUGCAGAAGAAGGAUUCAAGGCAAAGAGCUGACCAAGAAAUGGCUGCCAUAAAAUUGGAGGUGAAGCAGCAAGAGGCAGCAGAACGCAGACAGCAACGGAUUGAAAACAAAGUGCGUAAGACUCGUGAAAGUCGAGAAACACUGAUGCAACUCCAAACCAAAAUGAACAUCUUUCGAGAACAUCAAGCAGCAAUCGAAGGAAAAGCUGAUUCUCGUAUGAUGUUAUCUGAACACGAGGCUGCUUGCCUUGCUCACGAUAUUGCAGAUGGCUUUAGCAACAUUCACAGCAGGUACAAGGCAGAUCUGGAAAGAGCUGAGUUAUUCUUUAUGGUCUAUGAUAAGAAGUAAAUGUGAGCACAGUUAGCUGUCCUGAAUAUAGCAUAGAGGAACAGUUAGACACAUGAUAGUGUUUGAUUAUAAAAACACAUGAUGACUGUAUAUAAAUGUAUACCUUGUAUUAUAAAUACUAGAUAGACAAGCUGGGAUAGUUUUGUGCCAACUUCCUAUGGCUAAAGCUUCAGUGAAAGUUGAAAGCAAUAACCUUAUUCAAUUUUGUGCAUACAAAGUGCAUCCUAUAUAUAUUAAACACUCUGUUAUAUAGAUUAUUUUUGUAUAUAUAUCCACAAUAAAA